CAGUGCAAAGAUGAAGUGUGUUCUGUUAUUAAUCGUCAUUUUCGCAGCCGCGGCUUACGCCCGACAUCUACCUCAGUCACAACAUCAUGGUCACCAUGGUCAAAAGGCUGUAUUGAAAUUCCAUCACUACCAUGGCCACCACAAACAUCACGACCAUCCUACUCACCAUAAAGGGGUCUCAAACAAUAAAAAUAGUGACGAAAAUUUCGAAAAUCAAUGGGCCAAAAACGAAGAGCAAGAACACCAUUCAGCUCACGUUGGAGGAACUCACGAAUCAUCGUCCGUAAAACAAUCUCAAUCGGAGAACAAAGUUACACAAUCCUCAAGUACACACAACAGUCACACUCAUGAAUCGAAAACAGCAGUAUCCGAAUCCAAAUCCUCACACCAGGAAAGCAAAUCAGUAGGACGAAAGAGCAGCCAACGUCGAAGCCAGGCACGAGCUCAAGAGCAACAACAAUCUCAAUCUGAAAGGCAACAACAGCACUCUGUGUCGGUAAGCAAGGGAAGCUCACACUCCAGUGGAAAGAGCAGCCAAAGUCAAAGCCAGGCUCAAGCACAACAACAAGAACAAUCUCAACAACAACAACAAGCUCAGCAACAACAACAAUCUCAAGCUGAAAGCCAACAACAGGACUCUAUAUCGGCAAGCAAGGGAAGCUCAGCCUCCAGUCAAAGCCAGGCCCAAGCUCAACAGCAACAACAAUCUCAAGCUCAAAGCCAACAAGAAGACUCUGUGUCCGUAAGCAAGGGAAGCUCGGCCUCCAGUCAAAGCCAGGCCCAAGCUCAACAGCAACAACAAUCUCAAGCUCAAAGCCAACAAGAAGACUCUGUGUCCGUAAGCAAGGGAAGCUCAGCCUCCAGUCAAAGCCAGGCCCAAGCUCAACAGCAACAACAAUCUCAAGCUGAAAGCCAACAACAGGACUCUAUAUCGGCAAGCAAGGGAAGCUCACACUCCAGUCAAAGCCAGGCACAAGCUCAACAGCAACAACAAUCUCAAGCUCAAAGCCAGGAACAGGACUCUUUGUCGGCAAGCAAGGGAAGCUCAGCCUCCAGUCAAAGCCAGGCCCAAGCUCAACAGCAACAACAAUCUCAAGCUCAAAGCCAGGAACAGGACUCUUUGUCGGUAAGCAGGGGAAGCUCAUCCUCCAAUGAAAAAAGCAGCCAGAUGCAACGGCAAGAACAAGAAGCUGAACAGGAAGAGGACUCAGAAUUGUCUGAGUCUAGCUCCGUAAGUCAUGGUGGCAAAUCAAGUGCAAGAAGAAGCCACUCAUCACACGAACGUCAUACUUCUAAAGGAAAACAUUCAGAGUCUUCACACAAAGUGGAAUCACAUUCAAGUCAUUCUUCCAGUCAUUCCGAACAUGGAUAUCACUCAACUGAAGUUGAAUCUGAUCAGGAAAAGUCGGUUGUUGGCGUAGACAAGAAAUGGAAAAGGCCAGCCUUGAAACUUAAAUUGAGUGAAAAACAUUUGUCGCUUAACAAAAUCAAAGUUCACUAAGUAGCAAUGUGAUGGAUUUAUAGAAUGAAUUCUUAUUUUAUGGAUUACAGCAUUUUUACACUGACCGGCUUAUAUGUAAGGAAUACGUUAGAUGAUGUAAUGUUCAACGAUAUGUUGAUACUGAUUAUUACGAUUAUUUAUAUAUUUCGUAAUUUGCUAGAUUUGCAGUAGAUGUUAGUAUAAUGUAAUAGAUUUAGCUGUGCAACGCUUUGUAAUAAAUUGAAAUUGAUAUAUUUACAGCCAUA